AUGAUGGACCUGAAGAAUUUCCAGAUGCGCUCAUUAAUCGUGUCACACAUGAUGAGGAUCCUUCUUUGCCGUCUAUGGCAUUCUGCAUUUCCCCACGAUUCUCCACUGGUGAGACAUGUGACCUUGGAGCAGCUGCUAGACUCACAGUCGCUUGCAUUUGCUGACAACCUCCUCGUAAUUCACGUCUUUGGUGAGAGAGCUUGCUCCGUCGUUAAGGAGGGAGCAUCCCGUCCUGUAAGUGUUGACAUUCGACUCGGUUUGGAUGUAAAUACACGACUGCCGGUUGCAAAGCUGGCCGUUCACAGAUUCACAGAGAGCCUGUAA